AAAUUUUACCUCAUAUACAACAAAGUGAAUAAGAAAAAUUUGAACAUGCUUUAAUUUCUAGACGGAUCAGUAGCGGGAAGUUCAAAAUACUAAGCUGUUACAUCAUAAAAAUCAAUACUAGAUAUCACAGAGUUGCGCUGCAUUAUUCUCAUGUCCUGUAGACAUUGGGUGUAAUAUAUCGAUCACAGUUCGUACGAUACGAUUGCUUUUAAAUAAUUAGUGAGCACUCAUUAGAAAAAAAACAUUUUCUUUUUGGCUAUUUGCCAAAAGAGAUCUGUCAGACUUUUCUUGAACAACGCCGAUUAUUGAACAGUGAGAGAGUGAUUCAAGUUCAUAGUCCAGCUAAUCCAGGGUUAAGGAAAAACAAACACCAUGAGAUAUGCGACGCUGUCCCAGACUGGUGAUGUUAUGCCUACAUUGGGUUUGGGCACCUGGCAGGCCCCGCCUGAUGUUAUAGAAUCUACUGUCUAUAAAGCCUUAGAUUUGGGGUACAGGCAUAUAGAUACUGCCUUUAACUACAAUAACGAAGAGGCAAUCGGUAAUGCCAUUAAACAAUGGAUUACUGAUGGGAAGGGAACAAGAAAAGAAUUAUUUAUCACUACUAAGUUGCCCCAUGUCGGCAACAGGGCGUCUGAUGUGCGCAAAUUCCUUGACCUACAAUUGAACCGUUUGCAAAUGGAUUAUGUGGACUUGUAUUUAAUACAUGUCCCAUUCGGUUUCCAUUGCAACGUUGACACCCUGACGCCGGUCGUCAAGGACAAGGGCGAGUAUGAUCUCGAUAUGGAUACCAAUCACAUCAACACUUGGAUGGUGAUGGAGCAAUGCCAGAAGGAGGGGCUCAUCCGCAACCUCGGGCUGUCGAACUUCAACCAGGCGCAGAUCAGCAAGAUAAUGAAGUACGCGACGCUGAAGCCGCAGGUGCUGCAGGUGGAGCUGCACGCGUACUUCCAGCAGGUGGAGUUGCGCAAGUUCUGCGCCGACAACGACAUCGUGGUGACCGCGUACGCGCCGCUCGGCAGCCCCGGCGCCAAGGACCACUUCGUCAACAAAUAUAACUACAACCCAGACGCUUUUCCGGAUCUUUUAGGCCACCCAGAAGUAAAGGAGAUUGCCGCGAGACAUGGCAAAACACCGGCACAAGUCCUGUUAAAUUUCUUAGUCAAUCAAAAGGUCGUAGUCAUUCCAAAGAGUACUAGUGAGAAGAGAUUGAAGGAAAACUCCGAUAUAUAUAAUUUUGAGGUAACGCCAGCGGAAAUAAAUAGCUUAAAAAACUUAGACAAGGGCGAGGGCGGGCGUAUAUUUAAUUUUCUCUUCUGGAAGGGCGUUGAAAAACAUCCCGAAUAUCCAUUCGAUGUUCCCCACGCGGUCUAAGAGUAGCAUUAUCAUUUAUACCCGGCGGUCUUGGUCCUAAUAUUCUUGUUAAGCAAUUACUCUUAUCGUCAAUUCUGUCUCAAGAUGGUUAAAUCUUACUACAAUAAUUGUAUUAACAAAACUCUUCUGGAUUUAUCAAAGUCCUCGGUCACAUUUUAGUAACAUUUAGGGCCUAUCCCAGCGAAUUGUAAAUUGUCUGAUAACAAUCCAACGUGUAAAAUAUCGGAUUUUGUUCCCUUAUCAGACAGUGACGUCAAUUUUUGCAAUCUUAGGCUUUAUCAGCCAGUGGUGGGACAGGCCCUAAGAGCUAAUAUUGUUAACGUUAAAGAUAGAGAAAUUCUACUUAUGCUUUUCUUCUUAUUGAGUAAGAUUAGCAGCGGGUUUUCUUCAAUACUUGUUAAAUUAAAUAUUUCUAUUCAAUUCUAAUUAUAUGAUUAAUUCAUCUCUACAGUAUAAUUAACGACAAUUCCAUUUGUUAAGUAGCAAUUUAAGGAAUUGUAAAAUUUAUUUAUUUGCAGGAAGACGAAAGAAUUACUAACAUUCUCUUAAUCAUUCCAAUUAGAUAAGUUAAAGCUUGUGUUAGGAGAUUUUCGACAAAUAUUUCAAGUAGAAAUCAAAUUUACUUAAACUACUUAGUUUAUUCAGUAUAAGACACUAAACUAUGGAAUGUAAAUGUUUAAGCAAAUAAUCGUUAAACACAGUUUUUACUACGGGAAAAAUAAACUGUAUUUUUAAUCUGUAUACCAUUAAAGGGUUAAGAUUUGAAUAAGAGAGGUUUCCUUGUUUUCCCUCUUCAAAACCUAAAUGUCAAGUGUUGUAAUGUCGCAACGGAAACCCAUUUUUGACCGAUUUCCCAAAAGGAGCAAAAGGGGGCUGCAUUUUUUUUAUAAGAUAUCCUGAGACAUAAUUGGCGAUAACUUUUUUCUACCUCUAUCCGCUUCGUGAUUAUUUUCUACGCUUGAAUAUGAUGACCACCGAGUAGCUUUAACAUUUUAACGUCAGUUCAACUGGCACAUACAAUAUUACUAUGCUCUGAGCAUCGCUAUUAUCGUAUUAAAUGUAUUCAAUACUUAAUGUGAACACUAGACUAGUCUGUAGUGAACAUUACUUGCGAUUAUUGGUGUUUAAUUCAAUAAAGGAUAAAAAAAUA